ACUGAGAAGAGCGGGCUUUAUCUGCGAGGAGCUCAGAGGUUAUUGUGGUUGAUUUUGGGGAAUGUCAGGAGACGGAGCUUGGAGUUGGGAAGUCUCUGGCUGUGGCUUUGAGGAGAAAAGUACAGCCGUGAGAGGGUACUUACUCAGAAUAACAGUUUUGGGGCGACGGUUUUUGAGGACUUUGUAUGCUCUCAUAUUUACUGGAGGAGAAGGUUUUUCCUGUAAUUUUAUAGCGGACAAUCGGAGACAAGGACUGUAUAAUCGUCAGAGACGAGAGAACUUCUGUAACGUGAGAACUGCUGUCCGGUCCGUCGCCGACUCACCGGGGGCGGCUCUCCCCGCUCUAUCGCUCAGCCCAUCUGGGAUGCGGGCUUAGGGCUUAAAAGUGUAAUGUCGGCCCAAUGUAUUGCCCGUCUCAGGCCUUCUUAUAGCCCACAAGGUAAAAAUAUUUUUAACAUAGGAUAGAAAAGUCUGGCCAGUGCGGACAGUAUCUCUCUUUUUCCUUUUGUGUGUGUGUGUGUGUGUGUGUGUAAUUCAGACAACGAAAAUAUCAAAACACCCUUAAUGCAUCAUUC